AAUCAACAUGUCGAUUCUGAAAGUUAUUUCAAUGACACGUUCGUAACGUGUAUAACAUAUCUAUUUAGCGCGCAUCUUCGGAUUUUAAUUUCUGAAACAAGAAAUCCCAUUUGGUGUGGUCUUGUGCUGGGGAAAUCCGGGGUACCCAAGGAAACCACAACAGUUCUGAAUGGUGACCACAAACAAAACACACAUACCCCGGGAGCGGGAAUCGAACCCGGAUCGCCAAUAUUAUAAGCGCAUGUUUUAACCACUGCGCAAACAGGAAAGCCCGAGUUGAAGUUGAAAGCGCAGAUAAUUUCAACAGUUGAAAUAAAUGAACAACUUUAUUUAAUCGGCCCAAAUUAACCAAUUGAGUAGUCCAUAUGUUUAGUGUUUGCUCAUGUAUAGGUCACUAUUAGGUGUCAAUUCUUACCCGGUGAUAUUUGGAAGUAGCCAAACACUUCUUGAAUAACAAGCCACAAAAGUUAUCAGUUGACAUAAAUUUUACCCAUGUGAACGGAGAUUUCAAUUUAAAUCCUUUUGUUUGUUUCAGAUUGACUUUUGACUGACAAGAAACUUCGUUAAGUUAUGGUUCUCUUAGAGUCGGUGUUUACUGCCAUUGUGGCUGCCUGGACUUCUUACAGCUGCAUUAACAAUGAGUGUUGUAACGAUGAAUGGAUAAGAUCUGACUUAUCGAAUUUGCCAUUGACAUUGAAAUCAAAGGUUUACGGGCAGCAUCUUGUGACAGAUACACUUAUGAGACACCUCAAAGGUCAUAUCAAUGGGAACCCACGUAAAGCUUUGGCUCUUUCGUUCCAUGGAACGACGGGCACGGGCAAGAACUACGUUAGUCGAUUAGUUGCUGAAACAAUUUUUGUAAAAGGCAUGGGCAGCAAAUAUGUCCACUGGAUCAUACCAGCAGUAGAAUUUCGGCUUGGAGAUGCGGAUACUACCAUUCUUUCAUUAUACAAGGAUAAACUACGCAACAAGAUAAUUGAGGCCGUUACCGCGUGCCCACGCGCAUUGAUUAUCAUCGACGAGAUGGAAACAAUGCCACCGGGUCUCAUAGACGUCUUGAAACCGUACUUGGACUUCCAUGACAAAGUCGAAGGUGUGGAUUAUAGGAAAGCGAUGUUCUUUCUUCUAAGUAAUAAUGCAGGAGCAGCGAUUAGUACCAAGACAUUCGACUUCUGGAACGCUGGCAGAAGUAGAGAAUCUAUCCAAUUGAAAGACUUUGAAAAUAUUGUGCAGUUGGCAACCCUUUACGACAAAUCUAACGGCCUUUGGAACAGUGAAUUAAUCUCAAGCGGCCUCCUUACCGCGUCCAUACCGUUCUUACCCUUGGAGAGACUGCAUGUAAAACAAUGCAUUAGAGAUGCGUUGAUUGAACACAAAUUUGUGAGAACUGUACGAGAAAUACCAGAGGAAAAAGUUCAAAUGAUUGCGGACCAGUUAAAAUAUUUUCCAAACGAUACCGAAGUAUAUGCUACAACUGGUUGCAAGCGAAUACAUGACAAAGUUCAACUAAUUAUGAAUGAAUAUUAGACUAGGUUUGCCUGUAAGUUGGUGGCUGUCAGUUAUCAAUUGAGUCAAAGCUUACUGAAGUAAAAUGACCAAUUGUCUAUGCAUAACAUAACAAUAAACAUAAUACGACAUCAGCCAUAGAAAGUUGUAAAUACAUUAAACUAGUUGGCUUCAAUUAACUAGGCUAUUAUACCAUUGCCGACUUGUCGUUCUUUUCCAUCUGUUUAAUGGACUGUUAGAAACUUUACACAUUACAGUUUUGGAUGAGUUGAAUACUAUAAAAAUAGAUAGUUUAAGUAUGUUUAUAUGAUGUUACUCUUAAGCACAGACGAGAAAUAUAUAUUUAAUACCUUCUUUAAAUCCUAAUUAAAUCAACGUGAUUCAUGACAAUGAUUCAAUUUAAAUGACGACUAAUAACUUGAAAAUGAAUGCAAUUGUCAAUGUAUUACAUGUUCAUUAAAGAUAGUAAUAUGCAUGUAUACAAAAACAGAAUAUUUGUGAUAGUGAUUCAAACACAUUGUUACGAUUUGCUAUUCCAUUAUAAUACUGAAUAAACACCGUACGUAAUAAUACAAAAAGUAUUUAAAUACUCAAACUAAGAAUUUAAAUUGCUUUUGAUUUACCUAGAUUGUUUUGUUUUCAAAUAAAAAAUUUGAAUGUCAAAAUAAUAAUUUUAUUUCAAUCUAACAUACAUCAAGUAUAACUGAAUUUUGACGGCAAAAUACUUGCACAUUUAUCAAAUAAUUAUUAACUCAAAUUAUAUUCAAUAACCUUUUUUCCGAAGUACUUAUUAAAUUAUUGUGAAACACAAAAUAUAAAGACCAAGUCUGAAAUUCGUCCUCUAGUUCAAUACA